GGGGCGGGAGCACGGCUGCUUCCUGCGCGCGCUACGCUAAUAAGUUAAAAACCUGUCAAUCAACGCGGCGGGCCGCGGGGGGGGGCGGGAGCAAGAGCACAAGUGCCUUUUAAUAGGUCGAUGCAGCUGUCACUCGGCGAUAACGCGCCGCUCCCAUUGGCUGCCGCUGCCCCUCCCAUUGGCGGCGGAAGGGAAGGUGGCGGCGCGGCCGCGGCGGGAGGGAUGAAACCGGCCCCGGCGCGGCGGCGGCUCCGGGGGUUCCUGGUGCUGCCGUUGCUCUUUCUGCCGUUCCUGCCCUUUGGAGCUGCAGGCGCCAGGGACCCGGUGAUCCCGCUCCAGGAGGGCCGCGUGUCCCAGCACAAGGAAUCCCAGCGGUUCUGCUACACCAACACCGGCGUGCCGCGAUGGCACGACAUCUGGACGAGGACGCAGAUCCGCGUCACCAGCAGCCGCAUGAUCCGGGUGACCCAGGUGGACAGCGAGGAGGAGCUGGAGAGGUUCAGCGUGUGGAACGUGGUGUUCUCCUUCCUGCGGGGGAAGCUGAACGACACCAGCAUCGACGUGGACCUCUACAGCAACAAAACCUGCCUCAAGGUGGAGCUGCUGGAGCCCGGCACCACCUACUCCGUCCUCCUCUUCCGACGCUUUGACCCUAAGCUCUUCCUGGUUUUCUUUCUGGGCCUGCUGUUGUUUUUCUGUGGGGACAUGCUGAGCAGGAGCCAACUCUUCUACUACUCGGCCGGGAUCAGUUUUGGCCUGUUGGCCUCGCUGCUCGUCCUCGUCUACGUGAUGUCCAAGGUCAUGCCCAAGAAAAGCCCUGUGUACUUCCUGCUGGUGGGAGGCUGGUCCUUCUCCCUCUACCUGCUGCAGCUGGUCUUCAAGAACCUGCAGGAGAUCUGCAAGUCCUACUGGCAGUACCUGCUAGGUUACCUGCUGCUCGUGGGCUUCCUGAGCUUCGGCGUGUGCUACAGGUACGGCCCCCUGGAGAACGAGCGCAGCAUCAACCUCCUCUCCUGGACCCUGCAGCUCCUGGGGCUCCUGCUGAUGUACUCGGGCAUCCAGAUCCACCCCAUCGCCCUGGCCCUGGUGCUGGUUGCUGUCUGCACCAAGAACCUGGACUACCCCUUGCAGUGGGCCUUCGCUGCCUACCGGAGAGUGCAGAGCUCCAGGCUGGGCCCGAGCCCCCGUCGGCUGCUGACAGAGGAGGAGUAUCGGCUCCAGGGCGAGGUGGAGACGCGCAGGGCCCUCGAGGAGCUGCGCAGCUUCUGCCAGAGCCCCGAUUUCUCCGCCUGGACGGCCGUGUCCCGCAUCCAGUCUCCCAAAAGGUUUGCUGAGUUCGUGGGUGGGGCCUCUCACGUCACCCCCAGCGAGGUGUCUGUGCACGAGCGGGAGUUCGGCCUGGAGAGCCUCUUCAUCAACGAGCAGCUCUUCGAGGAGGAGGAGGAGGAGGAGGAGAUGGGCAACAGUGCUGGGAAUCAUGGGAGUUAUUCCCUGUCCCACAACCACCUGGAUGGCCACUGAGGCGCCUGCGAGGGCCAUGAGAGGAACUUUGUCCCUGUCCCACGGGUACCUGCGUGCUCAGCACCUGCCUGGAGCCGGGGAGGGAGCUGCUACUCCUCCUCCUCCCUUACCAAAGAUGUCAGAGGGCUCCAGCUGGUCAGGCCACACCUCUGCCUUGGCUUUGAUCCAUGUGUGGAUACCAAAACCUCCUGUGCCUCCCUGGUGGAGCUGCAGGGCUCAGAGAAGGCAGCCUCGAGGUCCAUGGGCUGCUCCCAGCCGUAGUGUUGGGGUGCAGGCCGUGCUCAGCCCCCUGUCCCCACCCCAGAGCUGAGGAUGAGUGUGGAUGUGCUUCCUCCCUGCCUCGCUGCCCUUCACCUGCUGUUACUCCUCUUCCAGUAGGCAGGGGCUGGGGGUGACCCUGCCAGUGUUUCCUGCUCCCAGUGCUGUCUGGGGGGCUCUGCCAACGCACAGAGCUGGAGAGGAUGCCAUAAUCUAUGCCAUAAUCUAUGCAACUUGCUAAGCAAUAGCACUGCCCCCCCUCUCAGCUGCCCUGGGGACCCCCAGCCCGGCCCUGGGCACCCCCAGCCCAGCCCCUACCUCACCCCCACUGCUGCAGGAGCUUCUGCUGCGUGUUUGUCCCUGGCCCAGGUUUGCUCCCUGGCCCUCCCUGUGCUUUCCUCCCUGUUCAGGUGUGAGCAGCCGCUGUUACAGCCUCCCCCCCCCUCAGCGUGAUGAAUGACUGAUUAUAUUUUUAAUAAAAAUGUAUUUUUUA